CUCCUGCUACAACCUUGAGCUUAGUCAGCUCUAUCAGUCCAAUGUAUACGAAUCGUGCCUGCAGCGCAGCGAUCAGUGCGAUUAAUUCCUCGCGGCACAACCCUGUCGUUCCGGAUCUGUGAUAAAGUGUGCCACACAAUGAACAUCUCACGUUUCCGUUUGAUAACCUUCGAUGUGACGGACACCUUAUUGAAGUUCCGGUCGGCUCCGGGAAAGCAGUACGGGGAGGUGGGCGCGAUGUACGGCGUCCUGGUCGACAGCCACUCGUUGAGCGCCAAUUUUAAAUCGCAUUGGCACAAAAUGAACGCCGAACAUCCCAAUUUUGGCAGGAAUACAGGACUGGGCUGGGAGAUGUGGUGGAAUCGGAUUGUUAAAGGCACUUUUAAGGAUUCCAAGAUCGACCUUGACGACAAGAAGCUGGAUUCCGUCGCGUCUCAUCUCAUUCGCCUCUACGAGACUUCCAUGUGCUGGCAGCAGAGCUACGGAGCUUUAGGACUCUUGUCCUACUUGAGGAACCGGGGUAUACCCAUGGGAGUCAUCUCCAACUUUGAUCCGAGGCUAGAAGCGACCUUGAUCAACACUAAAUUGCGCCAUUACUUUAAGUUUGUUGCCGGUUCGUACGAGCUCGGAGUAGACAAACCCAACAGUGAAAUUUUUGAAAAGGCCAUGGAAAUGUCAAAAGUUGAAGGAAUUAAGCCUGAAGACUGCCUUCAUGUCGGCAACACAGUACUUCUAGAUUUCGUAGGAGCUAGAAAUAGUGGAUGGAAUGCGGUGCUUAUACAUGACAUUAGUAUGAGAAAAGUCAAGGAAAAGUACCCGGAUAUCGACCCUAGUUUUGUUUUUUCGAGUUUAUAUGACUUGCAUAGAUAUUUUUUGGAAAAUAAUAGUGAAAAAUUGACUGCUCAAUCGUUUUAGAAACGGUGAGGUCGAAAAUCAUUAUGUUUUAAUCGACCUCAGAAUCUGUUAAACAUAUGCAAUAUUUUUAAGGAAUUUUGUUACAUAUAUGUAUGUACGAUGGGCUACUUAUUUGCAAAAACCUGUAAAUUCGAUAAGGCUGCAGCUGUACGUUAUAUGACAAGUUAACAGAACUUUUUACAUUUAUAAUAGCAUUCAGGCAGUCACAUAUGGUUCACUGUGUAUAUUAUAAAAGUGAUUAUUAGUUACAUUUUUAUUUUAUUUUAUUGUUUUGUGUUAGUUUUGCAAUAACGUGAUAAAGUUUAUCUUAUAAGUACAUUUUUUGUGUCAGACAAAGACAUUGUAGACUGUUUAUAUAUUUAUUUAUUUUUUUUAUCUAAAAUAAAAAGGAAAUUUUGUAGAACAUCUUUGAUCAAGAUGCUCCAACAGAAAAUGUUUUAUUUAGAUUUUAUUUAAAAUUA